AUCUUUUUCCGGUUUGUCGUCGGCUACACAGAAUGCGAGGUCGGUGCGACUAUUGGAGCAGCCCUAGACUACAUGAAAAAUAGAAGCGUCGAUGCUGUGAUAGGGCCACCGUGUCCGGAAGCAGCAACGAUGAUGGCUCAUCUGUCAACCACAUACAGCGUCCCAUUUAUAGGCUGGGGUUUUGUUUCGUCUGCUGACUUCUCAAAUGCGAAUAAGUUCCCUUAUGCCACCACAAUCAGCGCCUCAUCAAUAUCGCUUGGAUACAGCAUCUUGCGUCUCAUAGAACUAUUCGAAUGGGACAACUUGUCUAUACUUUACACAACAAACGAGGUCAAAUACUGCGAUGAUAUUGUUGACGAAGUAGAGGGCGCUCUAAGCGAUGUGCGUGUUUAUAACGCAGACGUGGUCUAUAAAAAGAAGAUCGACAAAAGCCGUACAAAUCCAUUUGAUGAAGCACUAAACGAAGUGCGACAGCGUUCAAGAAGUCAGUUUCAAGAAAGAUUGGGUAAUGACUACUAUAUCGGGAAACAUUGA